CGGUUUCAUUGGACGACCGCAUUUGCGCGCUGUCUUAGGGGAGACACUUCGACCAAAAUCAAAAUUCAUUGAGGUAGACUGUUUCUGCCUCCGCCAGGCGUCCGAAAUGGAUGAUUUCGGUGUAGAAGACGAGAAGAAGUUUGAGGUCGAAGCCCAACACGAGGAGGAAACACAACCGGAUCCAGAUGAAGAGCUUAUGCUGGACAGAGGUAAUGGACGUGUGUGGCUUGUCAAGAUCCCAAAACACCUCAUGGCACGAUGGGCUGCUAUUGAUAAAGAAGAUAUCCACCUCGCUACCAUUCGCAUUUACCCGAAUGCUGUUAGCCCCUCGGGACGCUCUCCACGUAUAUUCCUCUUUCUCCCUCCAGACCCAAACGAUCCAGCCCCUCGUGCUCCUGAUUUCCCGCAGUUCCCCUCCGACGCUGCAUACGUGCCUGUGGGUGAAAGUGGCGUGCACGUAGAUAGGUACGAAUUGGACAUGGUGAAUGGGUCGGUGGAAAAUCAACUCGUCGUCGCUGAACGGCCAAAGGACGUCGUCCCCCCACCAUCAGUCACGACGCCACAUACUCAUAAUUCCCGUGCUCGAACGACAAUUCUGACGGGUCGAAUCAAGCACGAGUGUAACCUGCGUCCGUUGUUCAAUGAGUCGUACAGACUACAUAUGCGUGAACGUAGUCGGGCGUACAACACCCCCAAGAGACAAAUUCGCAUGAUCGAAGAAGCUGGCGUAAGCGGUGGACGAGGUGGAAUCAACAGAUUAAGUACCGGUAUUAGUACCGGGUCAUUCGCGGACAUGAUCAAAGCCAAACAAAAACCUGUCAAGGGAACCUUUGAGCGUAUGGCUCGCAUGCCUCGGAAUCAGCUGUUGGAUAUGCUUUUCCAGCUGUUCCAAGAACAGCCAAGGUGGAGUAUUAAGCCGUUGAGGGAGCGCACGCAGCAACCAGAGGCGUACCUCAAAGAAGUUCUGAACGAGAUAGCAACGCUCCAUCGGAGCGGGGAGUACAAUGGUUUGUGGGAGCUCUCGGAGAUAUUUUUAAAUGAAGGGGUGAAGGCUGAGAAUAUUCCGGGUCCAAGUUCCCAGGCGUCAAUGGCCGACGCUUCAAUGGAUGAUUAUGAUGAAGACGAAGACGACGACGACGAUAUGGAGGAAGUUUCUUGAUUUUAUGCAGGUACGAAGAGAGGCAUUUCGACUUGGUUUUAGUUUGUUGGCUCACUAUGGAUGGGUGAAGUCGGCCUUGUAUCGGUAUCCUAUCUUACUCAUCCUUAAACGCCUUGCCGUGGUGGUGAACUUCUCCCGUCACUCCUGAAUCUGUAGUGGAUAAAAUGCACUUGGAGGGGUGGAAGAAUCAAAUGCAAGUGAUGGGCUUGCUGGUUCCGAGUCUCAAAUUUUAAAUUUGGAGUACUGUGAUCUCAUGGCAUGGAAUUAGUAUCAGCACACUUGUAGCGUCCAUCUCCCGUGACUAGCAUUUGGUUUAACCUGUCUCAGAGUGCGCUGUCGCAACGCGCUGAGUUUUGCUACCCGUGGUGUCGCUACCCCUGAUAGAUUUGGGACAUGG